UCUAAAGGGGGCACGGCGUGUGUCACGUUGCGUGGGACAGUCAGGAACACAUUCACAACAAUGUGGCAGGAUCUUUGGAAUUGGAACUAGCAGUCRUGAGGAUACUCCAGAGCUGUGAUAAUGAAUGGAAAACUCAUCCCUCAUACUCCACUGGCUGUGGACUUCUGGCAGGUUAGGAAGUGUCCGCAUGUCCGCCUGUUCUUCCUGUCCCAUAUGCACAGUGACCAUACUGUGAGCCUGACCUCGACCUGGGCCAACAGACCAAUCUACUGUUCACCGGUUACUGCCACGCUGCUCAAACUCAAACUACAGGUGGGAGAGCGAUGGAUCCAUCCUCUGGAGGUGGGGGAACCCAACACGUUGCCUCUGGAUGAUAUAGGCAAGGAGAGGUUGACCGUUACUCUCAUGGAUGCUAACCACUGUCCAGGGGCCGUCAUGUUCCUGUUCCAAGGAUACUUUGGCACCAUACUCUACACUGGAGAUUUCCGCUACACUCCGUCCAUGCUGCGCGAGCCGUGUCUAAGGACCAACACAAACGUAGAUGUCCUGUACCUGGACAACACUAACUGUGACCCCACACGCACCCUGCCCUCCAGACAACGAGCCACUCAGCAGAUCAAAGAGAUCAUCCGUAGCCAGCCCAAGCACAAUGUUGUCAUUGGCCUCUACACUCUGGGUAAGGAGUCUCUACUGGUACAGCUGGCCAUGGAGUUUAAGACCUGGAUUGAAGUGUCCAUCGAGAGGCUAAAGACUCUCAGAGCCCUGGAGCUACCAGAUGUCUUCACCACUGAACCAGGAGCGGGUCGGAUCAGGGCCGUGGACCAGUCAGAGAUCCGCUCCACCAACCUCCUCCGUUGGAACAGGGAACACCCCACCCUGGCCAUCCUGCCCACCAGCAGACCCCUGGUCUCCUUCCAUCCUAACAUCCACGUGGUGCCUUACUCUGACCACUCCUCUUACCAGGAACUGGAGGACUUUGUCUCGGCCCUGCAGCCCACCUCCCUGGUCCCCAUCGUGGGCAGACUUACCUCUGGCAUCCCCUCCUUCUCUGCCCUGCUGCCUAGGAGAAAACACCACGAAGUCCUGGUUCCCGAGUCAGUCCGGCGCUACAUGAAGGGCCGGCCCGAGUUGCCGGUUCAAGACCCUGGUCAGUCCAGCUUCCUGGGUUACAGUAACCUGCUGCGGAGGCCUAUCCGACCCCCUCCACCCAGAGGGGUGGUGUUUGAGUCCCCCCCUAAGGCCCCCUCCAGAGACUCCAGACCUGGGUCGGUGGUGGACGAAGCCUGGGAGACAGGGUCCAUGGAGCAUCCUCAUCAGGAGGAAGAGAUGGACACAGAGUUGGAUGCAGAUAAAGAUGGAGAAGAUUCAGACUGUAUACUGAUGGAUCUGAGUAAAGACCACAGCCCUAACAAAGACACAUGGCCCAGCUCCAGCCCCAGCCUGACCAGAGACCCCAGCCCCAGCCUGACCAGAGACCCCAGCCCCAGCCUGAACCAGAGACCAGCCCCAGCCUGA